AUGCACGACUUUCUGGCCUGUGGCUGUGAUGGCUGUGAUGGUCCUUGGAAGUUUUCGGAAGUCGGCUCCAAGGCCAAGCUGAAGCUGUCACUCCAGGCGAAGAGUGGUGAGAUCAUCAUGUCGCCCAAGCAGCCAGAUGAGCUCCACAGCACCAUCCUGGCAGUGAAGAGCUUGGAUCCCUUCCUGGUGGAAACAGCGCCAGUUUUGGCUUCCAUCCGGCAGAUGUUCGAGGUCCUGGAGAGUCGCUAUCACCAGGUGCCCAGAGCUUUGGUCAAACGGUGGUAUGAGUGCAUUCAUGCCGUGCCUGACCUACGAGAUCGAGCAGAGAAGUGGCAGAACAUCUUUCGCAAGGUCCAGCAGAUAGCAGUCUAG